AUGCAUUUUGCGACCGCCCCAAGUGCCGUUUGUCUAAUGACAGCCCUGAGGCUUGUGUCAGCUGUCGAUCUGCCUCUCAACACUCCACUUUCCUGGGAUGAAGCAUCAGAGAAGGCCAAGAGCUUUGUGUCUCAACUCACUAUGUCGGAGAAGAUUGGCCUUGUAACCGGGAGUUAUGGUCGCGCCCCAUUUCUACCUUGUGUAGGCGCCCUCGCACCAGUCGAACGGCUUAAUUACACCGGUCUAUGCAUGUCAGAUGGCCCGAAUGGUGUCAACAGAGCGGACGGCGUAAGUGUGUUUGCGUCUGGGAUCACAGUGGCGGCGACGUGGGAUAGACGUCUCAUGUAUGAACGAGGCGUGGCUCUCGGGGAAGAGUUCAGAAUGAAAGGUGUUCACGUUCUGUUAGGACCCAGUACUGGACCUAUGGGCCGCCACCCUCGAGGUGGUCGCGGUUGGGAAGGCUUUGGCCCGGAUCCAUAUCUUUCUGGUAUAGCUAUGAAUGAGUCCGUUACUGGUAUAGAAGCAACUGGUGUUCAGACAAGCUCAAAACAUUACAUUGGGAACGAGCAAGAAACACAGCGCAACCCGAGUACCAAGGACGACGGAACCGUUAUUGAAGCGAUCUCUGCCAACAUCGACGACCGGACACUCCAUGAGCUCUACCUCUGGCCAUUCGCCAAUGCUGUCCGGGCUGGGACAGCAUCAGUCAUGUGCGCCUAUAGUCGCCUCAACCAGACAUACUCCUGUGCGAACUCAGAAAGUCUAAGGACAAUUCUCAAAGAUGAAUUAGCUUUCCCUGGAUAUGUAGUCUCUGAUUUUGGCGGCACGCAUUCCACAGUGGAAUAUGCGGAAGGAGGCCUAGACAUGGAAAUGCCCGGAAACAUCACUGCAAGUGGUUUCACAUGCUACUUUGGCGACAAGCUCCUUGAGGCAGUUCAGGCCGACAAAGUAUCAGAAGAUCGCCUCGAAGACAUGGCAAGAAGAGUCAUGACGCCCUAUUUCCGACUUCAUCAAGACAAGGACUUUCCGAUGAUAGAUCCUGCGACUGGGCCCACACUUCUUAUUACGCAGCUUGGGCAUGGAUCUUCAGCGGCGGGGCUGUUCACUGAGGUCCCAGCACUAGACGUUCGCGCCGAUCAUGCGCGCGGCAUUCGCGAGCUGGGCGCAGCCGGCACAGUGUUGCUGAAAAAUGUCAAUGGGACACUGCCGUUGACAAACGAAACCAGCUUCGCUCUCUUUGGGAACGGUCUCCCAGAUCCAACCAUUGGAUCGACAUUCACGCCGGCACGUUCCGAGGACUUUCCAGAGGGUUACGAAACAGGCACCCUUGACAUUGGUGGCGGAUCUGGCACUGUGCGACACACAAGUCUUAUAAGCCCACUCGAAGCCAUACGGACCAAAGUGAAAGCUCUCGGUGGCCGAGUGCAAUUGCUGCUCGACAACAAUGAGAUUGCGGCGGGGCGGUUUACGACCAUCUAUCCAACACCCCAAGUCUGCUUGUUAUUCUUGAAGGCCUGGGCAACGGAAGGCGCCGAUAGACCGGAUCUGGAUCUCCAGUGGAAUGCUACCAUGGCUGUUGAAAGCACAGCAGCACUAUGCCCAAACACUAUCGUGGUGACACAUGGUCCGGGCGUAGUCUUGAUGCCAUGGGCGGAUAACGAGAAUGUGACGGCCAUCUUAGCUGCACACUAUCCAGGCGAAGAGAUUGGAAAUUCAAUCACUGACGUCCUUUGGGGAACCGUUGAGCCCUCCGGCCGGCUGCCCUACUCCAUUCCUAAGGACGAAGCAGAUGCAGGUCCUCCGAUUCUAGUUUUGCCCGAGAACAACACAGAUCCUAGUGCAUGGACGGAAGACUUUGUAGAGGGUCAGAUGAUUGAUUACCGGUACUUUGACGCAAACAAGGGCAAGGAACCCCUUUAUGAGUUCGGUUAUGGGCUUUCAUACACCGAGUUCGACAUGGCACCGGCCCUGAACGUUCAACUCACUGUUGAAUCGUUGGACCCUCAUGUUGACAAGUCCAUGGGUAUAGCGCCAGGAGGCAUGGUCGACCUGUGGACCAGUGUAGCUGUAGUGACAGUGAACGUCACUAAUACAGGUGACCGAGCAGGUUCCACUGUCCCGCAACUUUACGUAUCACUUCCCCAGGACACAACGCCCCCAGGCACACCUGUCAAGGUAUUGAGAGGAUUCAACAAACUAUAUCUUCGCAAAGGCGAAACGAAACAGGCGACGUUUGAGCUCAUGAGAAGGGACUUGAGCUACUGGGACGUUCAAGAGAAAGAGUGGGUUAUUCCGAGAGGAUCGAUUACUCUCUUAUCAGGAUUCAGCUCCAAGGACCUGCGAACAAACACAACCAUCGCAAUCUAAUAUCUCUUUCUACGAAGACAACAU